AUGGACAUCCAGCCUUUGCUAUCCUUGUUACGUCCUGAAAACAUGAGAAGUAUGGCUGAACUGGCCACAGAGCUAUCGUCAAUGGCAAGUAAUAAUAUGAAGGAUAAUGAGAGAGACGUGCAGAGGACGAUAGCCGCUCCAAAGCCACCGACACCCGAACAAAGGCCGUCACAGAUGAUUGGUGGAGCGAUUCAAAAUCUGGCAUUCCAAGGUCGCAACGCCUUCUUAGACGCUUUGGACAAGAUGGGCAAUCAAACACCCCCACCACCUCAACCAACGUUUCCAACUCUACCACCAAUGACUUUCGGUACUCCAGCUCCCCCAACAGCCACACCAGCUCCAGUGUCCCUUCCACCGAUUCUUGGAGUUUCCAAUUCUCAAGAUCCUUCUCCCAGAGACGAAGGUGGUCGAGAUGUUUUAGGAGUUCGAGAAUUCAAAAAGAACGUGGCAAUGGGGGAGAAAAUUCGAGAGAUUCGAUACGCUGAACCGAUUGGAGAUGCAGUGGAGACGAGUGUCGCUGAAGUGCAAGCGGCUGCUCCGGUGGAAGUGGCGGCCCCAGCAUCGGCGUCAUCGGCAUCUGCGGCAGCGGCGGCACCGACAUUGGCAAGACCACCAGCACCGACAAACUCUUUCGACGGCUCCCCAUUCAUGCAAAUCGCUCGUCGCUUCCUUCAAGUUGGAACCGGUACCUCUCCCCAAUCAACCGGCGGAAAACCGGAACCUCUUCCUCAAAUCGGCAUCCAAGAUUUGGUCCCAAACGCAGACAGUAACUUCGGCUUGCCACGUGGCAAAGGAUGCCUCCCAUUCAUCUCAGAGUUCAUGCAAAUCGCUUAUGGAAAGUGUCAAGAUGUCGCCGAUGAGAAGACGUUCGAUGCCUGGGGAGAAGAACUUCGAAGAGCAAUUAUGACUGGAGAAAUCGAUCUUCUGAAGGCUUCUCAGGAGACGUGCCGUCGUGGAGCCGAACGUCAGCAGUGUGAUGCUCUUCGGGAAGCCGUUGCCACGUGUGACGUCAUUGCUAGUUUGGAGAUUGGAACACAGCUACAGAGAGCGAUGAAGAGGUGUGAGGAGGUGUCUGGAAUGAUGGAUCAAUCGCCGGCGGCCGUUUUGGGACAGUUGAACAAUUUGAUUAGUGGAGAAGUGGCUCAGGGAUUUUUGAACAAUUUUUUGAAAAACGGAUAA